AUGUCAUUACAAAAGCUUACAGCAGAGAUUUACUCACUGUUUGAUAAAGAGGAUUAUCAAAAAUGUCAACAAUUACUACCACCAAUUAAAUUAGAAUUAAUAAAGCACAAUUUACUAGUACCUUUAGAUUCAAAUACACAAACAAAAGAUCAAAUAAAUGAUAUAAAAAUAGCUCAAAGGAUUUUAGAAAUAGGAGCAUUAUCAUCUUUAUUAAGUAACAAUUACAAUGGAUUUGAAAAUUCUUUCGCUCAAUUAAGACCUUUUUAUUCAAAUGGUAAAAUUCAUAAUAUAGAAAAAUUACAUUUAAAUACUGAUUCAACAAAAAUUAUAUCAUUAUAUCUUUUAUAUUUAUUAAGUCAAGGAUUAAUCUCAAAAUUUCAUAUAGAGUUGGAGCUCAUUUAUAAUUCAAAACAAUAUGAUGUUGAAAAUGAUAAAUAUUUGAAUUUACCAAUAACUCUAGAAAGUAAUCUAAUGGAAGGUAAUUAUAUUAAAAUAUGGAAUUUAUUGAAAGAAGAAAAAAACUUACCAUGUAAAGAAUUCAAUCAUUUCAUUGAUACUUUGAUUAAUGCAUUAAGGUUCGAAAUCGCUAAAAGUAUUGAAAAGACUUAUGAUAGUAUUCCCGUCUCAAAUUGUAAAAACUUAUUGUAUUUACCUCAAGAAUUAAGUGAUGCUCAAUUUGAAGAAACUUUGAAAAAUUCUUUGGAUUUACAAAAUUGGAAAUUUGAUAAUGGUAUAAUAAUUUUCAACCAUAUUGAAAAUGAUACUCAAAUUGAUAACGAAACAAUCAUAAAGAAUGUUUUGGGUUAUGCUGAACAAGUUGAAUCAAUUGUAUAA